AUGACAUCACUGCAAACAGAGCCCAAGACAGCCUCUGUGGGGUCACCCACCUCGAACGGGUCCGGGUCGACGUCUGGCAGAAAGACGCUCGAUUUGGAGCCAAACCCUUUCGAGCAGUCGUUUGCGGGCCCCACGGAACAGGGCUCGUCCGCAAAGACGAAACACGCAAACCGCAAGGAUCACAAGCUCCACGCCGCCUCUUCGCCCCCGGUGCUGACGCCGGGCGGCACCCGCCGCACGACCACGACCAACAUGCUGCCCCCGCUGCCAGGGAUCAUGUCGCCCGGCGCGUCCUCAAUUCCCGGCACCCCGGGCAUGUGGUCCAGCAUGUUCCAGGGCCAAUCGCAGCAAAUGUUGCCCUUUACGUACCCCAUGGGGCCCUCUGCAAGCACGGGGGCAGGCGGGCCGCCGCCCACGUCAUCGCAGCAACAACAAAUGUACAACCAGAUUAUUGCUAACGCGAAAAGAACAGGCCUUACUCCGAACGAGAGCUCACUGCGAACCGGGCUGACCCCAGGAAGCAACAACUCUCUCGCAAACCACAACUACGCCAUGCUCAUGUCGUCAGGUCCGUUCACGCCUGGCGGCCUCUCGUUCCUCAACAUGCCGCCGGUCAAGACUGAGGACAAGCACGAACCACACGAGCCAGCUUCGCACGCGGCCCCGUCUGCUCCCGCACCGGCCGCCCCGGCCGCGCCAGAGACGCCCGAGCCUAAACCAAAGAAACAGAAGACGAAAAAGAGGGAGUCCGCAGAGCCCGCCUCUGAAAACGGCUCCAAGAACGACAGCCAGGACGAGGAAAAGAGAAAAAGCUUUCUGGAAAGAAACAGAAUCGCUGCGUCCAAGUGCAGACAGCGAAAAAAACAGAUGGUGCAGAAGAUGCAGCAGGAGCUCAACUUCUACUCUGCGCAGUACGACACGCUGACCCAGCAGGUCGCCGCCCUGCAGGACCAGGUCAAGACGCUGCACUCCAUACUGUACAGCCACAAGGACUGUCCGACGCUGGCGGAGCAGAUGGGCGGCGUCGAGAACACCAACAACGUGCUCGGAGCGUUUGCGCCGGUCCACCUGGUUCCAGCGGUGCCGCAAAUGAUGCUUGUGCAAGACGCCUCUCGACAGGAGGGCCCCAAGUGA